AUGUCGAGUGCUGUAGACAGCAUGAAUGGUUGGCUCGAUCAGGGAGAACUCCCAGACUUACAGAAAACGGACGUUAACACAGCUAGUUAUGGAGUAUGGUGGUUAAAUUUCCGGGCGCUUAAAAGAGAGGUGUUUCCCUUUCUUAAUCAUUAUGAAAGUAUCGCCAACGCUGAUGCCACGUCAAAGCAACACAAAACGGGCGUCGGUGGCGUCGGCGGUGACGGCGAGGACGGCGGCGACGAGUCGGAUCGUGUCGGUGACGACGACGACGAGGGCGCAGUCGAUGGUGAUAGCGCCCGCACUGCACGUAGUGAUAACUGCUUGGUCAUUGCAGUGGGAGAGGACGGCGUCGGGGAAUCAGGAGGCGAAGACGGUGUCGGAGAUGCAGAGAGUGACGAUACCGUCAGGGAUUCAGGGGGUGACGACGGUGUCGGGGAACAGGGAGGUGUCGUCGACUGGGAUGAAGGCGGGGAAGCCGGCAUCGGCGUUGUACACGACGCACUCCGUGGAGAAGACGGUGUGGACAGUUUUGAUAAGUCCGACGGUGUUGUUGAGUGCGUCGGUGUUGAUGCGCUCGAGGGUGUUGUAGAGCCGGGCGGCGUAGAGGGCGUCGACGAAGAGCGCGGUGGCGGCGGUGGUGUCGGCGGCGUUGGUGGCGUCGGUGGCAUCGGUGGCGUCGGAGGUGACGGUGGUGAUGGCGGUUCGUCUAUCACAAAGAACGCCGCCCCCGGAAUGACCGGCACCAAGUCUUCAGUGUCGCGGACCAUUGGGUACCCUGCUAACGGUAUACAAGCGAUCCCCGGCUUAGCAACCACGGCCGUCCCUGUGAGGAUUUGGUGGGCCCUACCUUUAUCGCCGAGGGUACCAGCGGACGGUACGCUUGCGACCCACGGCUAUCCGGUCACAGGGUACGGGAGGAAGAAGGGAGGGAACCGAGGAAAGGAAAAGAAAAGGAAGGAGAAGGAGCUUUCUUAG